CCGAGAUACUACUGGUUGGAGUCAUUCUCCCUGCUACGACUGGAUACACUCUGGAGCUUAUUUGGACCUUAAAACUACAGACCUGGUCUCUUGAGGAAAUUUUGAAUUGUACCAACAUCAUCAUCAGAGAAAUAUUUUGUACUACAUCUUUUACUUGAGCUCGUUGGUUUUUCCAUUCACUGCCUUCUGCUUAUUAUAUAAUGACCGAACCAGAGAUCCAAACAGAGGUGCCAAAGGCCCUGAAGAUCCUGGCCAAGCAAGUGGUAAGGGGCUUCUAUGGCAUCGAGCAUGCACUGGCGCUGGAUGUUCUGAUCCGUCAUCCAUGUGUACGUGAGGAGGACAUGCUUGAGCUUCUGAAGUUUGACCGCAAGCAGCUGCGAUCAGUGCUCAACACGCUGAAGGGGGACAAGUUUGUCAAGUGUCGCAUGCGUGUGGAAACAGCACCAGAUGGCAAGACCUCACGCCACAACUACUACUUCAUUAACUACCGGUUGCUGGUCAAUGUGGUCAAAUACAAACUGGACCACAUGCGCCGCCGCAUCGAGACAGAUGAGCGAGACUCAACCAACAGGGCAUCUUUCCGCUGCCCCUGCUGCCACAGCACUUUUACUGACCUGGAGGCAAAUCAGCUAUUUGAUCCCAUGACAGGAACAUUCCAUUGUACUUUCUGCCAAACUGAAGUGGAAGAAGAUGAGUCCGCUGUACCAAAGAAAGAUGCUCGAACACUGGUUGCCCGAUUUAAUGAGCAGAUUGAACCUAUUUAUGUGUUGCUGCGAGACACAGAAGAUAUAAAUCUGUCACAUGAACUGCUAGAGCCCGAACCUACAGAAAUCCCAGCCUUAAAACAGAGUCGGGAGCGUACAGCUUUAGCCGGAGGUCCAGCAGGUGCCGGCGCACCAGGUCGGGGGGUCUGGAAAACUGGUCCGUCAUAUGAGGAUCUGUACACGCAGAAUGUGGUGAUCAGCAUGGAGGAGCAGGAGACCCAGCAAGGCCAGGCAGUAGAGGGCAAAGUCCCCAAAGAAAGACCAGUGUGGCUUACUCAGAGCACCGUGCAGGGUGCUGACAGCGAGACCGGGUCCCUAAAGACCACUGUUGAAGACUCAAUGGUAACACAUGAAGGUAAGGCUGGCCAUGACCAAGCACAGGAUGAGAACGAAGAAGUGAUGCGCGCACUCCUUAUCCAUGAGAAGAAAAGCGGGGUGCCAUCAGUGGGCGGAGCUGCCCACCGGCCCAUCAUUUUGCAGUCAAAUGCUAGCGACUCGGAAAGCGACACCAGUGAAUCAGACGAGGACUUUCCUUCCGAGGCAGCAGUAGCCCUACCCAAGCGGGCUCGACUGGAUGAUGAUGAUGAGGAGGAGGAGGAUGAAGACUUUGAGGUGGUGGGAGAUGAUGCUGUGGUGAUGGUAGGAGGAAGAUCGUUCUCCUACAGGGAGGUUAGCCAGAAGCCAGAGCUGGUAGAGCAGAUGACCGCACAGGAGAAGGAGGCUUACAUUGAGAUGGGCCAAAAACUUUUCCAGGACAUGUACUACUAAAGAGUCUGUUCUGUCUGUUCCUCUGUCACACUCUAAAUAAAAACUCCAGCAUUUUUCAACCUUAUCUCUUUUAACACACUGCAUCUGUAUUGAAUGUGUGAUUAUUAGGGGUAAAACAAUACACACCUUUAUUAGCACAUAUUUUUGAUACUGAUGUAAAAAAAUUGCUGCUUAAGCUGAUGUCCCCUGUGAUUUGUUGAACGCAUAGUCUCAGGAUGUCAAAUGAGAGUAAACACAUUUGGAAUAUUUGGAUGUUUUUUCAAAGCUGGUUGCAGCUAAACAGUCAUUUUUCAUCCAAAGAAGGUUAUUUCAAAACACCAGCAAAACCUUUUCAGUUUUCUUUGAGGUGUUUGCUGCUGGGCUUUUCAUCUCUUUUCAUGUUAAUGACAAGCUUACAAGUUGUUGUUUUUUUUGUUCUUCUCAGUUCACCUGCAUUCUGACUACAUUGCCUUUAGUCAAUUUUACCAUCUCUACCUAGAGGCUACAGUGCAGUCAUUUUUAACUGAACUGUACAUAGAUAUCUAUUAUUUUUAUUUUUUGUUUUUCACUAUCAAGCCUAUUUUGGACAGUAUUAACAGUGUAAAACAGUGUUAUCAACAGCAAUGUCCCAAUCCUAUUGUUUCUUUAUGUCAUCAUAAUAUUUGAGCUCUGGGUAUAAGCUGAUACCGAUACUGACCUUGUUUUGGUUCUUUGUUUAUGCUGAUUACUGUCAUGUCAGUAAAAAUCACAUAAAAUAUCAACAUAAAAUGUGAAUGGGUCAAAUUUUACAUAUUAGGCUUCUAGAUAUGAUGUGAAAGUGUAUAUUUUGUGUCAAACAAGCACUCUCAUUUAUUUAAAACA